AUGGUGUGGACACAGAAUGUUCUAGGCUGCUUAAUCACAUUCAUGGUGUGGACACAGAAUGUUCUAGGCUGCUUAGUCAUAUUCAUGGUGGGAACACAGCAUGUUCUAGGCUGCUUAGUUGUAUUCAUGCAUCCUGAGUUAAAUACCGUGACUUCGUCCUCUGAAGAAGUAAGGAAUGGCGCAAGCUAUGGGAUCCCUGUCCCGGCAAGCCCACGAGAUACUGAUCUCUCCUCUGAAUCAUUGGAUAGAGAACAAAAGGAUGAGAGUGGGAGUGAUUUAACACAGGACAUGGCGGCCACAGUAAUUCAGGCUGCGUACAGAGGCUAUGUCGCUAGAGAAGAAAUUAAGAAGCUGAAUGAUCCUGCUGAUCAGAACCUUGGAUACUUGGAGUCAGAGUCUGUAUCCCAAGAUCAUCAAGAAAGUUCUCCUAUUCCUGACUCGACAGAAGGAGCUGCCCUUUCAAGCCAAGAAGAAAAAAGUGUUUUAUCAAAAGCACCUAUUGAUCCAGAAAGCACAGACACCUCCAUUGAUGUUCACAGUGAGAUGUUAACAGACCUGGCAGGUGAGACAAAACAAGAGGAAAUUCCGGGGGAUGAAAGAGAACAUGAAGACCAAAGCGGUGUUGAGGAAAGUAAUAGAAUUCCGGCCGACAUUAACCAAGUGGAAGAUUUGCAACUACUGGAAAUUCUGGAUGCUGCUUUGGAAGAAACUGGUGGUAAUCAAGAAACAACAAUAAGGACUGAUUCACUAGAGACAGAGCAACAUGCACUCACAAGCGAGGAGGUAACAGAGGACCUUACCACGGGACAGCACGAGGCUCAUCUGGCAGAAACUGUUACAGACCAUUCUCAAACACUUCAUGAUGAUUCAACACCGCAAACGUCUGCGGAGGACAAGAGCAGCGAAGUUAAUGAGAAUAUUGUUAAAUCUGAAAGCACAGAAGACCAUUCUAACAACAAGCCCUCAGAUUCUGUGGAUGUAUCUGCCACGGAAGAGAAUGAAAGCCUUAGGAAGCAGCAGGAUGAAGCUCUUGACAUCCCUCUCGAUGACCCUGACGCUAAUGCUGCAGCUGCCAAGAUCCAGGCCGGGUUUCGUGGGCACAUGACAAGGAAGAAGAUGAAAAGUGGUGAUAGGGACAUUAAAAAGGAUAGCAAGGAGGCCGGCACCUCACAGGGGGCCACCGAAGGAGACUAAACAAAACUGGAGUGAGUUUUUGGAAUGAU